GGUUCUGAACAAAUUUAUCUGCACCCUUGGCUUCACUGGCAAUCUUGCCUGCACAAAAGUUCGGCGCAGUGUUCAUUCAUCACAACAUUACAAUGAUAUCAAACUGAACUUGGAAACGGAUUUUCAAUUGAUGUACAAUACGGCACCCACAAGAUUGGAAUCGAAUGUGCUGGCCAUUCCACGUUGGAUCGACUUGGAAAAAAUGAAUCAAAACGAGAACGAGAAAUUAGAGUUUGAAUUUACUAGACAAUCAAUUCUUAUUGAUUUUAAAAACAUCAAAAUAAAACUUAAAGAACUACUAGACAUAAAUGAAAUAGCUACUGAUGACGAAAAGCUGCCAAUUCAAUUAUUCAACCUAAACUCGACUAUCACUGAUCAACUUAGGGAAAAGGCCAAAGCAAACCGAAAUGCGGAACAUUGUCGGUUGCACAAAUAUAUUUUAAAUCAAGAACUAGCUAACGAACGGGUUAUCCAAAAAUGCUGGAGUAUUAUGGAACGAAAACCAAUAAAAGUCAGAUCUAUAUUCGUUAAACUUUUUGUCGAAAAUUAUCCAUCACUACCGAAAGAAGGGAAUGAAUUGUUCCAACAAAGAAUAGGUGUUUAUCGAGAAACUGAGCAAAUGGCUAGUCACGAUGCUCUACUUCCCUGGAAACCAACGCCCACAUACCAACUGGAAUCGAUUCUAAUUCGGGACCCUGAUUACGGAAACACAAUCGAUUUGUUGUCACGUGCACAGGUUAAAAAGUAUAAUUCACUCACCGGAACUUCAACUCAUUUAUAUGUAGAACCGUUAUCCCUGCGUUACGAACAAUUAGAAGUCGUUACAUUUGAGCAAUUGUACUUUGAGAAUGUCUGUGGCAAUAUAGAGAUGAUGAAACUUCGUGAAGUAUUCAAUAGUAAAUUUGAUCAACUAAAAACGUUAAAAAAUAAUGAAAUGGAAAUUGUCCUUAAACGCAACAGCCGGUUACGUAUUAUUCAAAGUGAACUAUCUAUCAUAUCCAAACUCUUAGAUAUUGCUAAUUUUAAAUCAGAAACCAUAGUAGAUCCAUACUUUCAACCGGACGAAAUUCCUGAGACUAUAGUGAACACGAAAAACGAAGAAAUAUCUGUGGCUCAAUAUUUAACUCCCAGCAUGGAAGAAGUCCUCGCAUUUAAUCAGGCGGAGAAAAUUCGAAGACAGCAGGAGCUAAUGGCAGAUGAUUUCAAAGACCGUGCCCUCAUGGUGAUGAUGGAUGGGGUUCUAAAACAUCGCUGGGAAGAUGAAAUAAAAAAAACAACGCCAAUUCCCCAUUGCAUAGAAACCGGAAAAGAUCCUCAGUAUUACAAUGAAUCUGAUAUCAAAGAAGUAAAGGAAUAUGAAGAGCAGCUUAUUUUUGUGACUCAAGAGCGAUUACGCUACAAACAAUUACUUGAGGUAGAAAAAAAUCACAUUGUUGAAAGUCUAGAAAACCAGAUUAAACAAUUCAACGUGAAAGUUGGUGAAUGCUUACUGGAAAAGAUGCGUAUAGAAUCGGCGAUACGAGAAGAGGAAUUGCGGAUUCUUAAAAACACAUUUUAUAACCAGCAACGGCUCAUUUAUGAUCGAAAGACAAGUUCUUUGCGGCAUGGUAUUGAUGAUACGCACAAGCAAAUCGACGAUUUAAUGAUGAUAAUAGCUGAACUUCAAGAAAAAGUCAAUGACAGUAAAAAUUCUUACGAAACACUCAAUACUAAAGAUAGAAUGUUAGACAAGCAGUUCAAAACGAACUUUUCUGACAAUGCUCAGAUGGCGAUUGUGGACCAAGCCUACAAAAUCUUCAAGAAGCGCCCGAAAGUACAGCUGCGAGCUGCGGUUACCGUAUCUAUAUUUCAAGACUUAGCGAAAAGAAUCACAGCCAAGAAAACAUGUCAAUCUAGUGACAUGCUUAUUCCACAUGAAUGCAUAGAUCACCUUGCAGCGUGCGAAAGCUUAGAUAACGUGAAUAAUUGUCCCACCGGCAUGGACAGCAAUGUGUGGCAAACUUUAUGCAAAAUGAGACGAAUCAAGAUAGAGAGUGAAUUCAGACUGAAAAGUUGCGAGAUUCAAUUAGCAGACACAGAAGCAGCUUUGAACGCUUUUCAAAGAGAACUUACAUCAAAAAAGAAUAUGUUGAAUACAUUAGAAAACAGAAUGAACGAGCUACUGAAUGAAAAGGCACCAGUACAAAAGGUUAUCUACAUCACGCUGCAGAGCAUCACGGUCGGAGGCUGA